AGCUGUGUGGCCUGGGCACUCUUGAGUGGCAGCUGGUGAGAUUCCACUCUAGUGGUUGCUGGGGGCGAUGAGGGUGCGUUGCUCCAGGAAGCUGGGCCUCCUAGCAAAGACCUUCUUCCUGCUGUGGGUGCUGUGGCUGGGUUACCUGCUCCUGGCCCGUUCCUUCUCCUCCACAGGGACCGAUGGAGGGGAGGACGGAGGGGGCCGCAGCCUGCUGGUCAGGCACUUAUCCCCCGUGGAGGAACAGGGGAGCGAGCAGCUGGCCAGGCCUGUGUACGUGAAGGCGCCGGCGGACGCCAACGCUCCCGGGGAGUGGGGAAAGGCCACCAGGCUAAACCUCAGCCCGGAGGAGAAGAAGCAGGAGGAGGACAGCGUGGAGAGAUACGCUAUUAAUAUCUUUGUCAGUGAUAAGAUCUCCCUGCACCGACACAUCCAGGACAACAGGAUGAAGGAGUGAGUAGGCAAAUGAUCUUCAUAUUCACACAGUGGGAACAUCUCAAUAGCAUACUCCUCGUGUCCUCUCUCCUCAUCUCCUUCUCAAAACCCAUUGGAUGAGAAAGCCAGAUGUCCCUCCCCUCUGACCUUCUCCUCCAAUUAGUUUUUGAGAACGAGGCAAGGAGAGAGGAUGCGAGGAGUAUGCUAUUGAGAUUUUCCCAGUGCACACACAGAGACCCCCCUGGCAAUACAAUCCAUCUGGACUAGUAGUUUAGACCAGUAACCACAUCUUAUUGUACAGGUCCAGUGAGGCUGAUUGCAGAAACAUACAACUUUUACUAAUGGCUACUUAAAUAGACAAAUCUGUGUUAUGAAGCUGAAUUAGACUUGGCUAACUUGGUGUGAUGUAGACAGAGAUAUUAACUGUACCGCUAGCUGUAAGGGAUGAAUGGGGAACUUCCCUAACUGCCCUGACUCACUUUAAAAGGUACGGUAUUCAUUACGCUAGAGGACUGAACUUUGAUUGAUUGCCUCAAUAAAAAUUCUCCAUCUGUGUUUCAUCUUCCCAGCUGUUCACAGCGGAAGUGAUGCUCGAUGAUGGUGGCGGCCCAACCCCCAUGUGAUAAUGUAUUAUAAUAUUACCCCUCACAUAAAAUCAGGUUAUUUUCGCAACAUUCAGAUAAUUUUUUUAGGAACAAAUAAUUAAGAGUGCAGAUUUUUUUAUGGGAUAAUAUACUAACGUUUUUGAGCAAGAUCAUUUGAAAAAUACAAUAUUAUUGAGAAAAUUUAUUGGUUUCUUGUCAUUUUUAUGAAAAUGUUAUGAUUUUAAGGUUAUUUGUUGAUGUAAAAAUCUAAAUGGACUGAUUUUAAGGUUGUGUCAUUAGAUUUGUGAGAAAAAAAAAGGGUCCCAGCUGAAAAAGAAUUUUAGCCCAAAUGUUGAAUGCUCAAAUAAACGUUUAAAGCCAAAUCCUAACUUCAAAUACAAUCACCCAACUCCAACUUUUGUGCAAGGCAAGCAUGACGUCAAUUAGUAACACACACAGUGUAAGUUGAGAUCGGGCCAAUCACAUAACAGAGACUUUAAUCUUCUUGUGAGGCAUGUAAAUUGCUUGGAAUGUAGCAGAUUUGUUACCUACCUACUGUGCUGUUUACCUUUAUUGUGAAGCCUACCGUUGCUUGCAUAAAGAUCGGCAACAAAACAGGUUACAACUUGUCCAUUAUCAAGCUACUACACACACAAACACACACACCAUUAUCGCUCUGGUUGAAUACAAGCUCGUGUUUUUGUUACUUUUCAUCUGUUUUCCAUAAAAGACGCUGUUCUGCUUGAGUUUGAAUUACUUACUCCUCUGGUCUCUCCAUGAGAACUGCUCAGGCAUGUUGUCCUCUGGUCUCUCCAUGAGAACGGCUCAGGCAUGUUGUCCUCUGGUCUCUCCGUGAGAACGGCUCAGGCAUGUUGUCCUCUGGUCUCUCCGUGAGAACGGCUCAGGCAUGUUGUCCUCUGGUCUCUCCGUGAGAACGGCUCAGGCAUGUUGUCCUCUGGUCUCUCCGUGAGAACGGCUCAGGCAUGUUGUCCUCUGGUCUCUCCUUGAGAACGGCUCAGGCAUGUUGUCCUCUGGUCUCUCCGUGAGAACGGCUCAGGCAUGUUGUCCUCUGGUCUCUCCAUGAGAACGGCUCAGGCAUGUUGUCCUCUGGUCUCUCAGUGAGAACGGCUCAGGCAUGUUGUCCUCUGGUCUCUCCGUGAGAACGGCUCAGGCAUGUUGUCCUCUGGUCUCUCCAUGAGAACGGCUCAGGCAUGUUGUCCUCUGGUCUCUCCGUGAGAACGGCUCAGGCAUGUUGUCCUCUGGUCUCUCCAUGAGAACGGCUCAGGCAUGUUGUCCUCUGGUCUCUCAGUGAGAACGGCUCAGGCAUGUUGUCCUCUGGUCUCUCCAUGAGAACGGCUCAGGCAUGUUGUCCUCUGGUCUCUCCGUGAGAACGGCUCAGGCAUGUUGUCCUCUGGUCUCUCCAUGAGAACGGCUCAGGCAUGUUGUCCUCUGGUCUCUCCGUGAGAACGGCUCAGGCAUGUUGUCCUCUGGUCUCUCCAUGAGAACGGCUCAGGCAUGUUGUCCUCUGGUCUCCAUGAGAACGGCUCAGGCAUGUUGUCCUCUGGUCUCUCCGUGAGAACUGCUCAGGCAUGUGGGACGUCGGUGUGAUUUCUUUCCCCUCAUAUUUCUGUUUCUUGUCGUUUCCACUACUCCCCACAGGAAUGAGACCAAAUGCUCCUCUCCUGCACUGACCAAAGCAACUCUCAAGUAAACUGUCACAUGUACACUGCUCCAAAGAGAGUGACUGAUUGUGUGGUCUGUCUUGCAGUCAGCUUAUAUCGGGAUUAGUAUCCCCAUCAUUAUGUAUAAUACUUUUUAUUUUUCUAAAAAUAGUUUAUUUCACGAAUAAGAAUAAUAUCUAUAGGAGGGGUUAUUUUAUGUUUCUCUUUAUUGCUUAAAUUGUUACCUAUCCCUUAAUCUUGACAUUUAUUUAGGGACUUUGAAAGAUUAGCCUUUAAUAGGCUAAAAGCAAUCCCAAUAAACAACAACAAUGUCUCUCUCUUUCAUUUGAGUACAGAUGCAGAGCUAAGAAGUUUGACUACCGCCAUCUGCCGACCACGUCGGUGAUCAUAGCGUUCUACAACGAGGCCUGGUCCACCCUUCUCAGGACCAUCCACAGUGUUCUGGAGAGCACGCCCGCUGUCCUGCUGAAGGAGAUCAUCCUCAUAGACGACUUUAGUGACCGAGGUGAGACGGAGCAUGUAGACCUUUUUUGUCGUUGUCUAUUUUUGGGGAUAAUAAAUAAAGUAAUUAUUACACAGUUUACUGUUCUGUUAGCCUAGUCAGCACCUCUACAAACAUUUGGAGAUUUGCGUCAAGUUCAUGCUUUUUAGUUGUCAAUUUUGUGAAACAUCAUGGAACAUAUUUUAAUUUGGGAACAUCUGGUUAAUAAACUUAGUUUUUAUAUGAACAAUCUUUUAUGCCAAGAAAACACAAACGUUAGAGAGUAAAAUAAAGCUUAAAAUAUACUAUGAAUACCUAGCUAAUAUUUGUCAGGCAUUGCGUUUCUCCCCAAAGUUGACGGUAAUACAGAACAGGAUGAUCAGUUAUAUAAUAGGUCUCUAUGUAUCUGUCAGUGAAUAGGACAAAUGGCUUUCUCAGACACAGAGAAAUAUAUUGAGCAAAAUGAUUCAAAAUGGCCACCAGUCCACCCAUUAUGACAUAAUUGACCUGAAUGGGGAAUGUCUGUUCUUUUCAUUCAAAUUCUAUGCUCAGACAUGAAAGCUGCUGUCUCUUUGUGUCAAAUGACCACAUAUUACAGAAUUGACUCUCCACCGCCCUCUUAGACCAGUCAGGAUGUAAAAUGCCACGUCAUUCUCAACCACAACUGUAAUAUACAAGAGACUGAUGAAAAAUGAGAGAGGAAAGCGUUCUCUUCAACACUACUGAUGGUCUCUUCCUCUUCAGGGAGACUGGGACUGUGAUUUUAAUAAUUGAGCUUGUUGGUCUGUCAGUGUGCAAAGAUAAGACCUUUUUAUUUUCUAUUGUUGUCUGUAUUAUUAUCACUGCACUGUUGGGAAAGAGCUCUCAAGUAAGAAUUUCAUUGUACUGUUUUACACCUGUUGUAUCCUGUGCACGCUGCGAAUAAACUUUGAAAACAGUUGCCAAGUAAGGAUGUAUGCCCUUCCCAUACUAUCCAUUAUGAGGUUUUAGAAGUUGUGUGUGUGUGUGUGUGUGUGUGUGUGUGUGUGUGUGUGUGUGUGUGUGUGUGAGAGAGAAUCCUUGACCAUCUAUCUCUCUGUGUGAAACCCAGUCUAUCUGCAGUCUCAGCUGGAGCAGUACAUCAGUAACUGGGAGCGUGUCCGCCUCAUCCGCACCAACAAGAGGGAGGGGCUGGUCAGGGCGAGGCUCAUCGGCGCCACCUAUGCCACGGGGGACGUACUGACUUUCCUGGACUGUCAUUGCGAGUGUGUCCCCGGCUGGAUCGAGCCGCUCUUGGAGAGGUGUGUUUGUCACUUAGCCACCAUAUUGACAAUUUGAUUUCAAUUACAGAUUCAAUACUCUAUGAAUGGGAUGGGACUGGUCAUUAGGGUUGCAUAGCAACAAGACAUUCUGGAGGCAAUAAAAACAGACUAGUGUUGAUUGGCCUAUUGGCAUUCCUGGUCAAGUAUAGUGGCACAUGGUUAUGACUUUCAUCACAUGUAAAUGAGGGAUUGUCUCAUCAUGAAAACCUUCCAGGGACUUUCAGUGAGUGUUGUUUCUUACACCAUAUAUCCAGGAUUGGAGAGAAUGAGACCACCAUCGUGUGUCCGGUGAUCGACACCAUAGACUGGAACACGUUUGAGUUCUACAUGCAGACAGAUGAGCCCAUGAUCGGAGGCUUCGACUGGAGGCUGACCUUCCAGUGGCACUCCCUCCCUGAGGUCGACCGCAAGAAACGCAAGUCCCGCACCGAACCCAUCAGGUCAGUAAAACUAUGGUCAUCAGUUUCUUUCCAUAUGGGAUUUCUGGGCCCAUCUCAAACAACACCAUUUUCUCUAUUUGGUGCACUACUUUUGACCAGAGCCCUAUGGCCCUGUAGUAGUGCACUAUAUAAGGAAUAGGGUGCCUUUUGGGACAUAACCUCUGGCUCUCCUCUUAGGAGGAAAUGAAAUAGAGAGAUAUUUUGAAGAGAAGUUGUUUUGUAAAAGUGAUAGUUUUAUAGGAUCCCAAAUACUCUCCUUUCUGGCCUAGUUUAAAAUGUUUUGAAAUGCAUCUCAGCUUCUCCUUCAUUCCUUGAAUAAGGUCUAAUCACUUAUUAAGUUUGGUCUAAUCACAUACAAAUAAGUGAUUACCUCAAGAAAGUGAGAAAAUAGAUUUCAUUUAAAAGUAUUCUAAUAUGGCCUCUGACUGUUAACUGCACACUGUACUGACCUCCAUGUUCCACUAUGCUUUCUCUCUCUCUCAGGUCUCCUACAAUGGCUGGUGGACUGUUUGCUGUGAGCAAGGCCUACUUUGAGUACCUGGGCACAUACGACAUGGGCAUGGAGGUGUGGGGAGGAGAGAACCUGGAGCUGUCCUUCAGGGUG